AUGCAAGAAGCCAGGGAAGUAAAAAACAUUAUAUUUUUUUUCGUUUUUUUCAGAGAAGACAUGGAAAAAGUGAACAUAAGAUUUCACGAUAAUGGAACGGUAUCAUAUCAGCACAAGAAAAUUCUCAGAUUUGUACCUGAACUAAGUGUAGAUAGAACACAUAAAAUUACAGUGCCUAACAUCCCUUUGCUGACUUUGUCGACUCAGUCCAACAACAUGGGCUACUGGUUGCAGAAAACGAUAUCAGUACUGCUGGCCAUGGGUUCCAGCAAACCGUUCGUCAGCGUAACGGCCGAUGAACUGGUGUUCGGAUACGAUGACAGUCUGGUGUCUCUAGCCCACAAAUUCUAUCCAAAAAGGAAGAAACCAUCCAAUAAGAUGGGUCUUCUUAUCAGUCGAAACGGUACACUGGCAGAAGUACACAAUAUGUAUACCGGGGAAACAGGAAUGCAGGAAUUCGGACUUUUGGCAAAUCUCAACGGAAAGGAAACGUUACCGUACUGGGAUGAGGCUCCUUGUAACGAUUUGACAGCUAGCGAAGGAUCUUUCUUUCCACCCCGGUAUUUCACGAAGAGGGAUGUGGUUUACUUGUAUGACAAAGACUUGUGUCGGACGUUUCCGUUUCAGUACAGAGAAUCAGGCGAGAAGCAUGGAAUUCCAGCUGAUUUGUACACUCCUCCCGAAGAUGUUUUUGAAGACGUUAGGCAAAAUCCGGAAAAUAAAUGUUUUUGUCCCGGAAAUGAAUAUUGUCCUCCAAAAGGAUUGCAAAACAUCAGUCCUUGCCAAUAUGAUGCUCCUGUAUACCUAUCUUUUCCUCAUUUUUUGGAUGCCGAUCCUUCACUUAUAAACGAAGUGGAAGGCUUGAACCCAGUAAGGCAGAAGCAUCAAUCGUAUUUCAGAAUACAACCAAAACUUGGUGUUCCUGUUGAAGGGAAAGUUCGCGUUCAGCUGAACUUGCGGAUUCAACAAGCCCCCAAUAUCAACCCGGUCAAGGAUUUUAAAACGAUGGUGUUUCCUGUUAUGUGGCUAGAAGAGGGGAUCGAUGAACUGACACCACCGAUCCGGAGAUGGUUGUACGUGGCCACUACGUUUGCCGAUGUAGCCUGUCCUCUAAUGACCUACGGCUUUAUCAUUUUCGGCAGUUGUCUGAUCAUAGCUGUCUUUGUUAACGCCUACAAGUCGAUCAUGUUCACGAAGAAAACAAUUCAAAUCGGUAUGAAAAACUUAAGAAGGGGCAGUCUACUGAUCAGUUCUAACAGGUUAAUAUCCAGAAGAGAGACUUACACGCUUCUAGAAUUUCCAGAUGUUGACGCUGACGGUGAAGUAUAGGAAUAACAAGUCAUAGAUCGUUUAAAUUUGAGGGAGUAGACUAAUAAAAUGCAUCUAGCGCAAAGAGUUCGGAUCGUCUCAGCUAUUGCAGAUUCUUGCCGACAAUGUAUUUUUUUCUUUAUAUGUGAUCAAUCGAUGGGUUACCUUAUUGUUUUUAUCGCGCGACAAAACUUAUUUGGGACGCUUGUGUAAAUAUUUAGUCGUCUAAACAAGGCGCGUUUUCAAGUCAGCUGAUCAAGUCUGUUGAAUUUAUUUCGCAUGAUCGUUGAAUAAAAAGAUAAAGAAGGAGCAUACCAAAAAACUUUAGAAUCUAAAUUCUACCAAUAAAAUUAAUAUCGUAUCAACGAAUCGUCGGACAACGGAUGCAAAUCAAGCUUAACGGAUGCAUGAAAAUCAAGCUUAAACACCGAUUAUUUUUUCAAGUUAGUUGAAUUCCUGUGACUUGAUCAGUUUACUUGACUCCUGGAAACGCACCUUAAGUCAUACUUGGCAUGUACAAGUCGAGUUUUCUUAUACAGAGGUAGAUAUUUUAAGUUUAAUUGACCAAAAAGUUGUUCUUUUAAUUAAAAAAAAAACUUUCUUUCUUUGGAACGAGAGAAUGAUAAAAUAUUCUAGAAUAUUUAAGUUUGUAUUUAUAUAAUUUUAAAUAUAGUUAGGUAAAACUUACUCGAAUUGGUAAUUACUUCAAAAAUGUCUUAUUGUAUGUAGUAUGAAAUUAUGUACAGGGUGGGCCAAAUUGGACACUUUUAAAGAGAAACACUCUUUUCUAUAGGAGAUAGACGAAAACUAAUAUCGAUGUCUGGAGCUCAAUUUUUAUCAAAAACCAUGAUGGGAAAAUCCGUACAUCGAAAUCUAUUAACGUUUCGGAGUUACGGGGUGUUGUUCAAAAAUGUGCGUUUUUAAUAAAUCGCUGUAAUUUUUUUGGUAUGGAAAUUUUUAAAUUUUUAUGAAAACAUUUCCAAAGCAGCUUUUUAAGUACCUUAAGUACAAUUUACUGAAAAACUUUAAAAGUGUUCAAUUUGGUCCACCCUGUACAGUUUAUUUUAUCAAUAGCUUUUACUAUAUAAAAAAGUAAACUGUAUUACUUUGGGUUAUACCCAAAUACGUUUAAAUUAAAAUUUCUUUAAACGUAUUUGGUUAUACCGUAUGAUCGAAUAAAAACGGCGUCAGCGAUGGCUAUGAAAUGAAGAUCA